AAGUUAUUUCCAGUCCCAAGAAUCCUUUUCCCCUGGCUGCCUGGAUACUGCUUUUUGUUGGGAAUGUUCUACUUUUAGGAGCAUAGUAGGUGACACAAGCCCAGCAGCGUACAUGCAUCAAGUCUCCAAACUUCUCUGUGUAUAGAGAGUUGUGGGAUGACAAAGUAGGAGGAGGGCUCAGCAGCAGCUAGUCAGCCAGAGACUAUUAUCUCCCUGCCUGAGUGAGACUGAGGAGGCUGAGGGCAGAGCCCCUCACUCAGUGACCAGGUACAUCCCCUACUCAGGCUGCACGGAAUAUGGACAUAUAGCCAGCCCGGAGACGACCAGGCUUCAUCUGACACCUCACUAGACGACCCCUCAGAGCUUCCUGCCUUAUCCCCUAUUGUGCCAACAUGAAAGACGACUUUGCAGAAGAAGAGGAGGUGCAGUCCUUUGGAUAUAAGAGAUUUGGCAUACAAGAAGGCACUCAGUGUACAAAGUGUAAAAAUAACUGGGCACUGAAAUUUUCAAUCAUAUUGCUGUAUAUUCUUUGUGCCUUACUCACUAUCACAGUGUCAAUAUUAGGAUACAAAGUUGUAGAAAAAAUGGACGUUGUUUCAGAUGAUAUGGAAAAGUCAAACAUGGGUUACAUUAAUAAAAUCUCUGAAGUGGAGCAGAAUUUGAAGAAAUUAGAUGACCUAGCAGGAGAAAAAUCAGUCAGCACCAACUCAGAGCUUUCAAGCGUAAGGUCAGAUAUCUUGGCCAUCCGUCAACAGCUACGUGAGAUUACUGAGAAAAGCAGCAGAAACAAAGAUGCCCUGGACAAGCUGCAAGAAGCUGAUGGCCUUCUGGAUGCUAAGCAAAACCAAAUGAAAAAUAACAUGGACACUAAUUCUCUGACAAUUAAUAGAGUCAAUCAAACAUUACAGGUAUAUAACAGUUAUGUCUCCAGUUUACAACAAGACACCACCAGUCUGCAGACAAAUCUUCAAAGCCAGAUGCAAUCAACUAGCAUGAUCACUAUGAGUAUAAGUAACUUAAACUUGACACAAACCCAGCAGAGAAAUGUUCUAAGCACAUUGCAGAGAUCUGUGGAUGAUACCAGCCAAGCUAUCCAACGUAUCAAGAACGAAUUCGGGAGCACGCAGCAAGCCUUUUUCCAAGCCAAAAAGGAUACAGAACAGUUGAAGGAAAGAGUCCAAAGCUUACAAAGUGUUGCGGCAAAUAACUCAGCUCUUGUUAAGGCCAACAAUGAGAGUGUAGAAGAUAUGAACAAUCAGCUCACCACUGUUAGCAGCCAGAUUGACAAUAUUACAGUUAUUGCCCAGACAAAUGAACAGAACCUGAAGGAUCUUCAGGAUUUUCACAAAGAAUAUGAGAAUAGGAUAAAUAACAAAUUCAACUCUUUAGAAGAGCGUUUCCAGAAAUUUGAGGACGAUAUAGUAGGUAUUAUUAGUAACAUUAGCCAUACUGCCCAUCACCUAAGGACGCUGACUACCAACCUCAAUGAUGUAAGGACAACUUGCACCGAGACACUGAGUAAGCACUCAGAGGAGUUAAUGCAGCUGAAUAACUCUCUCACCAAUAUUCAGCAGGACACUUCUUCUCUUGGGAGUCAACAGGAUACAAUGAGACAAAGGUUAGAUAAUGAAGUAGCCAAUUUAUCAGUAAUUAUGGAAGAAAUGAAGGUGGUGGAUUCAAAACAUGGACAACUGAUAAAAAAUUUCACUAUAUUGCAAGGACCACCAGGUCCUAGAGGACCCAAAGGUGAGAGAGGGCCCCCAGGUCUCAUGGGGCCCAUGGGACCAAAAGGACAGACUGGAGAUAAAGGAGAACAAGGGCCAGCAGGACCGUCUGGUGAAAAAGGCCCUCCUGGAUCAAUGGGCCCUCCAGGAGAAAAAGGUUCAAAAGGCUCAAGAGGGUCACAAGGAAAUAAGGGUCAAAGGGGAUCACCUGGAAAAAGUGGCGAACCAGGACCUAGAGGAGAACCUGGAUUAACAGGACCACCUGGAAUUGCUGGAUCACCUGGGCCGAGUGGGCCCCCAGGUCCACAAGGAAUUAAAGGAGCCAUAGGUGAACCUGGCCUUUCCGGCCUUAGAGGGCCAUCGGGCGUACCUGGAUUACCUGGUUUGCAAGGGCCGAGAGGACCACCUGGACCUCCUGGAGAUGUUGUACGAUCUUUAUCACUGCAUGAUGUUUCCACACCAGAAUUCACAAUAAACCCUUCAGUGCCUGGUUGCCCAUAUGAGUGGAGGAACUUCACUGACAAAUGUUACUAUUUCUCAAGUGGAAAGGAUAUAUUUGAUGAUGCAAAGCUUUUCUGUGAAGAAAAAGGGGCUAUGUUAGUGGUCAUAGAAAGUAAAGAAGAACAACAAUUUAUUAAGAAACAAUCAAGUGGCAAAGGGAAUUUUUGGAUUGGACUGACUGAUAAGGAAGAAGAAAACGUAUGGAAGUGGCUGGAUGGUACUAUACCAAUAUUCACGAAUUGGAAAGUCGGGCAACCUGACAACUGGACACCUGAAAUGGGACCUGGGGAAAACUGUGCUGGGUUAAUAUAUUCAGGCUUGUGGAAUGACUUCCAUUGUGAUGAUUUUAAUAACUUUAUUUGUGAGAAAGACAUAGACAAAGGUCAGGCUUCAGAUGUCUCGUAGACUGAUAUUGUUCAUGGACAUGGAAAGUUAAAGUAUUUUGGAAAUCAUGAAACUGAACUAUUCUACACCAGCAAUCUGAACGAAGCUAGCACUGAAAUGGCCAACCUGGAGUUCAGAGAUCUAUGUUUUGUAUUUUCCAUGAACUUUUCUGCAGAUUGAACUUUGACUAUUAUCUUACAGUUAGAGAUCUAACUGAAACAGUAUAAAUCAACCUGGAAAAUAUUGAUAGAAAUUGUCUUCGAUACUUAUGCAAUAUUUGCUUAAAAAAAAAUGAAUAUUUUGGUUAUAAGCUAAAUAACAUUACUCAAACAUUGUCAUAUAACUAAAAUGCAAUCCAGUUAUAGAACAACUGAAUACAGGUUUAUAGUGCGAUUCUUACUCAGUGGAAUAUAUUUUUAAAAGCUUUUGAAAACAUUUGUAUUUUUGUACAAGAUACUUGCAUUUUAUUACAUUAUUUUUGUAUGUAUUAUAGAAUUUAAUUCCAAAGAACAUAUUAACGGUACAUAUUCAUUAUGGUAGAAACAACUAACCAUUUAAAGAUCAUUUUUAUCAUACAGAAGUUGCCGGUUUAAUACUCAUGUGUUUUAUUUCUAGAAAAUUUUAUACUAUGGUAAACAGCCGUUGUCUCCUCUGCUGUAGUUAUAUAUUGGGGCCAAACCUACAAUUCAUGUUUACUUCUCCAGUUGCAUUUUAAAUAUAAAUAUCACCCUGUAUGCUAUACGUUCCUGAUGUGCAAAAGGUGUUAUCCACACUGUUCACCAGUACAGCAAUAAAUUCCGACACGGGUGUGAGCCUCUUGCACUUCCUGCCAAAACACUCAUUUAUUAGGCAGUGGUCUCAUAACUGUCAGUCUUGUUGUACGUCUAGGGAUUUUAUCCUUCAGAUCUCACAGUGGAUACUGACAAUUGUGUUGUAGCCUGUUUUAAACAACGCCAGCACAAAUUAUGGCAAAUUUAAAAAAAAUAAAAAAUAUUUUUUUUAUUUGUUA